UCUAAACAACCAAGAUGGCUGCAGUUGCAGUGUCUGUGUCGACGGGUUGUCGGACAUCGUACGAUAACUGCGGCUCUGAAGAUCAAAUGGACAUUGAAGCGGAGCUCGGAAGGCGCUCUGCCGCGGACAGGACAGAUCUGGAGUCUGGACCUCGGACGGCUUGUUCGUCUAAUGGAAGUGGUGGGGAGGAUGAAGAAUCAGAGGCCGAUAGGGAGAGGGCAGCCGGGGGCUCGAGUACGCCGCGCGUCUUGGAGGGAACAGGGAUGGCUGGUGGGAGGGAGCAGGAAGUCUCGGUGGAAAUUGGCGAGACAUAUCUCUGUCAGCGCACGGAUAAAACAUGGCAUUCUGCAGAGGUUAUACAGUCCAGGCACAAUGAGCAGGAGGGAAGAGAGGAGUUCUACGUCCACUAUAUAGGCUUUAACCGUCGGCUCGAUGAAUGGGUGGGCAAAGCACGCCUGGCUCUGACGAAGACAGUGAAGGAUGCUGUGAGGAAGAGUGUGGAAGGAGGGGGUGGUGGAGAGCUGGGAGAACAGCCUGAAAGGAAGAUAACCAGGAAUCAGAAGCGCAAACAUGAUGAAAUCAACCAUGUCCAGAAGACAUAUGCAGAAAUGGACCCAACCACAGCUGCCCUUGAGAAGGAGCAUGAAGCGAUCACCAAAGUUAAAUAUGUGGAUAAGAUCCAGAUUGGCACUUUUGAGAUUGAUGCCUGGUACUUCUCCCCCUUCCCUGAGGACUAUGGCAAGCAGCCCAAACUGUGGAUCUGCGAGUAUUGCCUCAAGUACAUGAAGUACGAGAAGACCUUCCGAUACCAUGUGUCUCAGUGUCAGUGGAGACAGCCACCAGGGAAGGAGAUCUAUAGAAAGAGCAACAUCUCAGUGUAUGAAGUGGAUGGCCGAGACCACAAGAUAUAUUGUCAGAACUUGUGUCUGCUGGCAAAGCUCUUCCUGGAUCACAAGACCUUGUAUUUUGAUGUGGAGCCUUUUAUCUUCUACAUUCUAACUGAAGUGGACAGACAAGGGGCGCACCUCGUGGGAUAUUUCUCUAAAGAGAAGGAAUCUCCCGAUGGGAACAAUGUGGCAUGCAUUCUCACCCUCCCCCCAUACCAGCGCAGAGGAUAUGGGAAGUUCCUAAUUGCUUUCAGUUAUGAGCUGUCUAAGUUAGAGAGCACAGUUGGCUCUCCAGAGAAGCCACUGUCAGACCUAGGGAAGCUGAGCUACCGCAGCUACUGGUCUUGGGUACUUCUGGAGAUCCUGAGGGACUUCCGGGGCACACUCUCCAUCAAAGACCUCAGUCAGAUGACCAGCAUCACCCAGAGUGAUAUUAUCAGCACGCUUCAGUCCCUGAAUAUGGUGAAGUACUGGAAGGGGCAGCAUGUCAUCUGUGUGACACCCAAAUUGGUGGAGGAACACCUCAAAAGUGCCCAGUAUAAGAAGCCACCCAUCACAGUGGACACAGUUUGUCUGAAAUGGGCUCCACCGAGGCAUAAGCAGCCCAAGUUCUCCAAGAAGUAAGCGCAAGAGGAUGAGACAGCAGAGUUCAAGAUGUGGUCCCAUUUAUCUCCAUUUCCUCCUUCCUGAUGUUAUGUUUAAAUUUACUGUUGUAAAACAUGUAUGUAUAUUUCUAAUGAUCGAAUUUUCAUUUUUUAAUAAACAUAAGUAGGGAUAUUCAAUGUUGUUUGUCUUUCUGAAAGAGAGAGUGGUCUGUUUUUGUACUGGGGCUCAUUCUUGUGAAGAAGUGCCACAUGCACAUUAGGUUGAAAAAGACUCAAACACUGCACAGCUCUGGCUGCAGUGUUAUGGCUUUAUAACAGUGUGUAUCUCCCCCUGUUUAAUGCACUAUACCUUGUUUCGAUUCACAGACUGCUGAGGUGUGGUUGAAACCAGGUCAUUCCAGUUAGUGUUUUUCCUGGUACUUGGAUGUAGUCAGGGUGUGGUUGUAUCAUGUUUGUCAGACAGGUGUU